ACGGACGCGUCUCCGUCCUAGGCGCAGGGAUGAGCGCGGCGUUGCCGAAGGUGCUGUGCUUGAAGAAGGGAGCGUUGCUAAAGCAAGUGUUUGCACUCAGCAGAGCAGCAACACCCAGAGAAAGCCGUCUGUGUGCUGCAGGUGAUGCACUCGUGAGUGGCCACAGACACUACAAAUCCCGUCCUACGCAUGGUAUUGGGAGGUUUAAAUACCUGCUCCCAAAGGAGGUUCCAAAGAAGAAAAAGGAUAAAGUACAGAUGAAAGAGAUAAAUGUUGGGACCGAAUACGAGUAUGGAGAUCUCAACAUCCAGAUGACUUCCUAUGAUAUGUGUCUCGUGGAGCAUUUUGCUCAGUAUGUGCAUAGACUCUGCAACCGACUCUCCAUCAGAGUGAAUGAAAGCUACGCGAUGCCCACCAAAACCAACGAAGUGCUGUUCUUGGAAGAGCGAGGUUCCAAAAUGCAGCAGGAUGCGGUCCUUACUACCCAUCAGAGGGUUGUCCAGAUCAGCGGUUUGAGUUCAACGUUUGCUCCGAUACUCUUGGAAAUUAUUCAGAGUAAUCAGCCUGAAGGGGUCCAUCUGUUAGUGAAAGAGCACACAGAAGCUGACUUCAAGAGCCGGCUAAAGUCUCGACGAGAACUUGAAGAGCUGCUAGCGCAGAUGAACUGAGAUGAAGAACGCUCCAUCCAUUUCAGAGCCGCCUCGGGGAAAGCGAGGCUUCUCCAUGGCUGCUCAAGCCUCCAGAAGGUGACUUCAUGAGCACUGUACCGAUAAUUUGGUGAACUGGAAGAAAUUUCCACUGUUGUCAAGCAGCUUGUCUUAAUAAAGACAAACCCACGUGUUUCUAUCUGA